AUGGAAAUACCCAUAGAACAAGACUAUGAUCGUCCAGAGCCUCCCGCAGUGCCUUUCUUUGGACAACUGUCUGACAAGCAUGACUAUUUCGGAGCAAACAUCAAGCAAAUACGCGGCCACAAUAUUUUAGUGGAUCUAAGGCGAAACAAAGACUGGAGUGCUUGGAACAUCACUUAUGUAAAACUUCAGGGAGCGGCCAAUAGCUCGUCACGGUUCGACAGAAAAAGAUCUGUUCGUGUAGCAAGCGAUAACAUGUUCGGGAAUAGGCGGGAGAGUUAUGAAAACAAAAAUGAUGGUGGUCUUUCAACAAGCAGUAGUUGCAGUGAUGGGUAUGGAGCGGAAGAUAGCGAUGAACGAGACUACCCAGAAACAGAUGAGACGUGCCUUGAUCCUCUUAUUGGUUACGUACGCUUAAUGCUUACAUCGCAAGAAGUACGAGAAGCGAUGAAGCAGAAUUUACCAGAGGAUUACAAAACGAUCUGUAACUUUUACAAGAUUGUACCUUAA